GAUUGACUAAUGCUAGUAUGUAUGUAAAUUAGCUGCUGUGCCUGCAAGGCUUUUUGAUUUUGUCUCAUUCAGAGGUUUUAGCUGAUUUGAAUGAUUACAGCUGCGUGACCAGCCCAUGGAGCUCUUUCCUGGUUGUUUGAUACAUCUGUUGAUUUCUACAACAAAUCUGCUGAAAGUAUAUUUCAAUAGGCAAAUAGAGUGAUACUUAAUUUUAGAUCUACAUCUAUGACGUGUACUCUAGUGUAUUUUCUACUCUGGUAUGGUAAACGAGAUCCGUCUGGAUUGCAGUCUGGUGUGUUUGACCUGUUAUCUGCCUGCUGAUCUGGUUUGGUUUAAGCUUAAAAGCAUGACGAAGGGCAAAAAGCAUGUUAGUUGUAUAAACAUAAACGGAUACAAUCGUGUGAUUAAUUUCAGCUCUGUCAGAGGAAGUUUCGAGGACUUUGGAUGCUAGGACUGUCUGAAAAAGUCAGUCGCAGAAAGAGGCAGAGAGCCACAAGAUCAGCCAGUGUAACCUGCAGAACACAACACAGCAUUCUGUGAAAGAAAAAGAAGCAAAGAUACAUCUUCAGGCUGAAGCUACUCAAUUGUCUCGGAGGAAAAAAAAAACAGAAGAAAGCAAAGUGUUCUGACAAAUGAACAUCCGACUUCCAACAUAAGCAGAUAUAAACAAUUCUGAGUACUUAGGACAGAAAGGGAGCUGACUUUUUUGUUUUCUGUGUUUGUUGUUUAUAGUUUGUACUUUGCGGGACAUUUUAUUACUUUUACCAUAACGUUACGGAACUGCGAACCAGAACGUCGAGCCACACCUGCAGCCUCACAAACAAAUCUUUUUUUGUUUAUGGAUUACUUAGAAAGAAUGCCACGUCAACACUUGGACACCCUUGAUCACACUGUGCGGGUUGAAUUACAUAGCUGACAACCUACCCACAUUUAUUGUAGUAUGGACAUCCAAAACCAUUUAUGUGACAUAAAUUUGGAACUUGAGCAUGGAACCAAGUACUAAAAAGAACUUUAAACAUUUCCUGACAAUCACACUGUAAUGCAUGCACUGUUCCUCAUUGUAGAAAAUGGAUAUCCCUGUUGGAUCUACUUGUGUGCCUGAACACUCUGCCUGUCUAUCAGAAUCAGUCCCGAGAGUUGGAAAUAGAGAAUCUUCAAAAUGUUCUGAAGAACAAAACCAAAGUCAACCACAUGCAGCUCCAACACAGUCUACUAUUAGGUUCAAAAUCCGCUCUGCUAAAGAAAGACAGCAGCUCACCAAAGCCAGUAAUUAUAAGUGUGAGACAUUUGAAAAAGCCAGCAGAAGCAUCAAAGAGUGUCCAGAAGAGAUGUCCAGAGUCCACCCCAUUUCGUCUCCAUCUCCAGAUACUGAUAUGAUUGACACAAAAAGACCUAGAGUUCUGAAUCAGUUCGGCUGGACAAAGAAAGCAGAACUGUCCGUCAGUUCUGAGACGAGUAGUACCACUCAAAAGAAAGCAGAUGCCGUUGAGAAUCCCACCACCAAAGUGAGGGAAAGAACAGAGUGGAGACAAUCAUAUCUGUCCAACAGAAGUAAGAGCUUAGACUGGAGUGGAUCAAAACAUGAAGGAGGACAAAAGAAUCAGAUGGAUGUUAUCAGAAAUACUAAGGACCUUGAAAGGAGAGCCAUGAGACGUUCUGAGAGUUUAGAAAGAAAUGACGCUGCCAGUAGCCCAAAAUCUAAUGAACUGACCCACCCAUUAAAGAGAGUAUCAUUACAAAUUCAACCAUUCAGUGGAAAUGGUCAAAGAAAGCAGGACAAUAAUGGACUAAUCUCUGGAACUGCAACAUCUGGAACCUUACCUGUGAAAACAGUGGCUCUUGCCCAAUCUUUCCCAUCCAGACUAAAAGCAAAUCAAAGUAAGGACAGGAUGGAGGAAAGAAAAAGUCCCUGGUGGCAUUCUGAACAUAGUGGUACCAAGCCAGAUCAAGCAGAGCCCCACCUCAGAGCUCAAUUCACUGCAUCAAAGACCAGUGAGAUCACUGGGAAUAACACUGUAAAGGAAAGAAAUCGUAAUGUAUUAGAGGAUAAUCGUGAAGCAAGUUCAGGAAUCUCAUUUGGAAUGAUCACCCCUGAGCCUUUUUACGGUUCAGGUUUAGAUAAACAGAAUCCCAGUAGAAGAUCAAUGGAUGAUCGCCUAAACUUUUACACAGUGCGUAACACAAAGACAGUUUUAUCUAAUCCAGGAAAGUCGGCUACCUUCCCAAAAACACCUUUUAAAAAAGGACAUAUGAAUUUUACUCCCUUGCCAGACACUUCACUUGUUUCAGCCGAUGGAAAAGAUAACUUGGCAACAACGUCAGCAUGGUCUAACGAAAAAACCCUUAGCCAAGGUACAAUCUCCUUGGUGACUAAUAAUAGUAUAUAUGAUGAUAGAAGACUGACUGGGCCCUCUGUCGGACUGGGAAGUCAUUCUCUCGGCAGAACAAGAAACAGACUUUUUACAACUCUGAGUUCAUAUCCAGCCUAUAGUCUGAACAAUAGCAACAGUGUCCAAAAAAACACCGGGAAAGAAACAGAGAGGCAAGUAGAAAUAAGGACUAGAAAUUCAAAUCAGACAAAAGGUAUGGAGACAAUUCCAGGAAAACAAACCAAUAGCUCACAGGAAAGAGUAAAUCCUCAGGCCAAACCUCAACCAUCCCAAAGUAUGACAGCAGACAGUGAAAAACAUCAUCACCAACAACAUGGGGUUAGUAUGAAGAAUGAGUUCUCGUUAGAAAAAGUCCAUGAACCAUCCUUGGAUUCGGUGCGAAAAACAAUUCACAAAUUUGAGGCUCUUGCUCUGCAAAGCCAGAGUUCAUCACAGAUUCAGCAUCAUAGAAGGGCUUUGUCAGUUACAGAAACACCGAAAGUAGUGACCAGUCUGAAUAAGACAUAUUCAAGUAGGUCAUUAAGUGUAAGUUCGGGUGACAGCAGCAGAGAAUGCUCGAGAGAGAAUCUUUUUAGUAAGAUUGAAAAGAGUGAUGAGGCAGUGAGUAUACAUGAUCUAAGUGGACCUGUCCAGAUCACAACACAAGAUAAAGAAGAAUUAACAGUGAAAACCCAAAGCAGAGGAACUAAAAGUCACGAGCCUGGAGCUGUUCAGACUUUGAAACUCCUGGAUGAAUUUCCAUCUGAGCAGAAGAACAAGGCUAAAUUUACUAUGAUGAAUAAGCACAUGGAUGAGUCAGAUUUCUCCAAAGGCAGCAACCUUAAAUCUUAUCAAAAGCUUAAAAACAUUGAAUUAACUGAAGAAAAUGGUAAGAAUAAUCUCAGUUCUACAACAUCCCACAAUUCCCAAAAAUCAAGUAGAAUCAUGAAUGUAUCCCACUCUGAUCCUCAGGACUUCUCUCCUAAACCAGAGAACACAUUUUCAAAGUCUACAAAAGAUAAAGUGUUUCUAAAAUCACAAAGCAGCCCUGUGCUACCAUAUCAAAAUUCCUUCACUCCAGAAAAGUCAACAGAUUUAACAGGCAACAGCACUCAUUCUAAAUCACCAUCCAAUCUCUUUAGUGACUCUGCAGGAAUCUCUCCUAUCCAAGUCUGUUCUUCAGCUUCAGGUGAUCUCAGUAAUACCUACAACACAAUAAAGGACGAAAAAGUAGCUGCAAAAGUUAUUAGGUGGAUCAUGGAUAAAGGGGUUGAUGAUGAGAAUGGUGAAGACUGUGAUGAUGAUGAUGACGACUACGACGAUGAAGAUGAUGAGGGAACAGAGAGAGGAUAUGACUCUGACUCAGGCGAAUCAUCAGUAACCAUCACAAGCAACAUGAGCAAUAGGAGUUUUUCUAUGAGCCUUGUAGAUCUAUGCAGUCUGGGUGGGUUGGACCUUCCACCCUCAGAUAGCACUGGGUCACAGGAAGACGAGAACUGGAUGUCAAAGCGUACAGUGUCCAUGAGCUCAGAGGUGUCUGCCUUUUCCUCUGUGACAUUGUUGGGCAUGGAUGAGCUGGACUGCUUAUUGAAUGAUGUCAGGGGUUUGGAUGAUGAUGCAUUAGAGAACUGUGAGGAUGUCCAUGUGGUUGUCCUACAUAAGGAGGCAGGAAGUGGAAUUGGCUUCACUGUGGCUGGAGGAGUGGAUCAGAAUAAACCUGUGACUGUUCACAAGGUGCUACGCAAUGGUAUAGCAGCCCAGGAGGGCUCCAUCUAUGUAGGGGACCAAGUGUUGUCCAUUAAUGGCACAGCUCUACAUAACUCCACCCACAAGGAGGCGCUCCACACUAUGAGGAAAGCAAGGGGGCGGGCCAUGGCAGUGGUGGUCAUCAGACGAGGUGAUGUCACUGAAACAUGCGCCAGCAUUAAAGACAAUCCACAGAAAGCAGCUGGGAAUCCAGGCAGCAGAGUGCGUGUGACUUUGAAUAAGUCCAGCUCUGACCUGGGUUUCAGUCUGGAGGGAGGAGUGGGCUCCAGCUUAGGAGACAAACCCCUCACUGUACAGAGGCUCUUUCAGGGUGGACCAGUUGGGAAAGUUUUCCCAGGAGAUGAACUGUUGGAAGUUGAAGGUCAAAGUUUGGAAGGUUUGAGACGGCUCGAGGUCUGGCACCUGAUCAAGAGAUUACCCCCUGGCCCUGUGGAGGUCUUACUGCAACGUCCGUACCAGUGAUACUGACAGCAUCUCCUUUGUUGCCACUUCAAAUACUGAAUUAAGGGCUGUACUCAGAGUUGACUUAAAUGUGCACAGUUAUAAGUUAAUAUCAGAACUGCACAUACUAGUGUGACUUCAGACCUCAGAAUUACCUUCAGACUUAAGUGCUACUCAGACAGUGGGUGAGCAUGGUUACCAAAAACAUUGGCAUGUCUCAGUUUUAAAGGAUUCAGAGCUUAAAUGUACAGUAAGGGAAUUUUUUUUCUUGCAAGCUAUGUGGUGAUGAGCUCUAGUAUAACCCACAUAGUCUGAUGUCUGUUUUCAUGAUAAUCAUGUUUGAUGUCUAAUGUCAAUACACACAAAAAGAUGCUGAACUGCAGGCAGUUUCGAAUGGUCAACUCAGAAAAUCAAGUUAAGCACCUGCACAGUAGAAGUGUAAAUAUGGUAAACUUUCUGUGUAAGUAUUAAUAUAGCUUUAGCAUUUUUGAAGUCACUAUCUCUACAACCCUAAGAUAAGAAAGUAUAUUAGCUCUGUAAGAGGUUUGUAAUAAUCUUGUGAAACAAUGACCAAUUGGUUUCUGGCCUUUUUUUUUCUUUUCAGUCCUGUGUGUUGGAUUGAAUGCACUAUUCCAAAGAGAAUUGAAUAAUUUUGGAAUAAUAAAAAAUGUAAUCAUAUUUAUAUAUAAAAUUACAAUGGCACAUAUUCAGAGGUCGAUGCAACAAUCAAAAACAGUUGAAAAUAGUUUUUCUGGAGAGAUUCAUUGUUUUAUCAAAUAUAUGCUAAUGCAUUUUUUCUGAGUCCAUGAAUUACAUGCUACUAACUGUAAUUUAUACAAAUAAAUAAAUACAAUAAUAGAUAAGUCCUAGUUUACAGAGUGGCCUCGGUCUUGUGUCUUAUGGUAUGCUUAUAAAAUGUUUAUAUUUAACUUUCUUAUGAAAGGUUAAAAUGACAUUUUCCUUUAUCAAAUGACUAUCAUAUCUGUUUUGUGACAUGAUGCUUUGACCUCAUGAAGACAAUUAAUAAAUAACUAUAUUGCACUGCA